AUGAGCCAGAGUGACUUCUCGGGUGUCCUGGAGCGAGAACAGACGGGCAGUGGUCAGGUGGGGACGUUCCAAGUGGAGGAUUUGAUGGACAAAUUGAAGCUGCUGAACUGCGAUCGUCUUCUGGUGAAGGAGUUGAAGCUCAAGCCGCCCAAUCGGAUGUACUUUGCCAAGUCCACGAAUCCCGGUGAGCAGUUCUUCAUGUUCACCAGCAUCUGUGCGUGGCUGAUGAGAAAACUGGGCCAUCAGUUUGAUCAGCCACAGGAAUUUGACGAUCCCAGUGCGACAAUUGCGAAGAUUAUCAGGAUUCUGCAGGAAAUGGAUAUCUCAACGGACUUCCCGUCGAACAAACUGAUCCAGGGCGCGGGAGCGAUUUGUGUGUACAUCCUGGAUUCCCUGGCGACGCAGGCACUGAAGGUGGCUAAAGUCAACUUGAAGCGUCCAGAGACUGUCCAGGAAGAGGACACAGUGACUGAGAUGAUAGAGAAUGACUCGGAGAUCAUCCUUGAGAAGGUGGAGGAAGAGCAGAACGCCCUGAUGGCCGCGUCUGAUGACAGUGAUGAGGAGAAUUCCCUCCUGAAUCUCAAUCUGAGCGGAAGUGGCCAGAAGAAUAGACAGCAAGAGCAGGGAUUCCACCUGAAAAACUACCGGCAGGACAGCAUUGCGGCCACCGAAAGUUGGCGUCUGGAAUUGGAGAGAGUCAUGCCUCAGCUGAAGAUCGUGGUGAAGAGUGAUCCCAGGGAUUGGAGGGCGCAUCUUGAGCAAAUGAAGACCUUCAGGAGCACCAUAGAUCAGGCUUCGAGUGACACGGAUUCCCAGCUGAAGAAGCUGCAAACGGGCAUUGGACAUGUGAUGGAGAAGAUCGAGAGUCGGGAGAAGCACUUGAAUGCCGAGCUUCAGCCUCUGAUUGCCCAAUACAGAACACUUUCCGUUGAGCUGAAGCAACUCUCAUCGGCAAUCGCUGCGAUUGAUGCCGAGAAGAGCACCAAAGAGAGAGAGCUGGCGGGCAUUCUGGGCGAGAUUGAGACUGUGAAGAUGCAGAUGGAGCAGAGAGGCACGUCCAUGACCACCGAUGGCAGUCCUUUGAUUGCCAUCAAGAAGGCAAUCGUGAAGAUUCGCGAGGAAAUCCUGCAGAUGGACCUGAAGAUUGGUGUUCUGGAUCACUCCCUGACGCAGGAGAUCAUCAAUCACAAUGCCCAGAUUGCUGAAUUGGCCCCAAUGACCGCGAUUUUGCAUUAGACACACUCAUAUAUUCGUGAGAUCACACUAAAAUCGUCCCU